AUGCGUUGCUUUGGAACUAGACGGCAGCCCCUGCUUGCUGUCGGUAACAUCAGCAACAUCAAGCCCGGCCAGUUCCGCAAUCGCAUUAUACCGGUUCGUAGCAAGUUCAUGCAGAUCUCUUUCGAUCCAAGAGGGAGAAAAUGGCGCGCCGCUUUGCCGUUCUGCAGCGUCACGUCGUGCCGUGUCAGGGGCGACGACGACAGUGACACUGCCGAUGGAUGGACCAUGGCUGGAAACGGCGGCUUCUCGUAG